GUGACGGUAUCGCUCGUGUCCAUGGCAUGACCAACGUCCAGGCUGAGGAGCUGGUCGAGUUCGCCUCCGGUGUUAAGGGUAUGUGCAUGAACCUCGAAGCCGGCCAGGUCGGUGUUGUGCUUUUCGGUUCCGACCGUCUCGUCAGGGAGGGUGAGACUGUCAAGCGUACCGGAGAGAUUGUUGAUGUUCCCGUUGGUCCUGAGAUGCUCGGCCGUGUCGUCGACGCUCUCGGUAACCCCAUCGAUGGCAAGGGUCCCAUCAACACCAAGGCCAAGAGCCGUGCUCAGCUCAAGGCCCCUGGUAUCUUGCCCCGUCACUCCGUCAACCAGCCCGUCCAGACUGGUCUUAAGUGUGUCGACUCCAUGGUCCCCAUCGGCCGUGGUCAGCGUGAGUUGAUCAUUGGUGACCGUCAGACCGGUAAGACCGCUGUCGCCCUCGACGCUAUCCUCAACCAGAAGCGUUGGAACAACACCUCCAGCGACGAGAGCAAGAAGCUGUACUGUAUCUACGUUGCCGUCGGUCAGAAGCGUUCCACCGUCGCUCAGCUCGUCAAGACCCUUGAGGAGAACGACUCCAUGAAGUACUCCAUCAUCGUUGCUGCUACCGCCUCCGAGGCUGCUCCCCUGCAGUACCUUGCUCCCUUCACUGGUUGCGCCAUGGGUGAGUGGUUCCGUGACAACGGCCGCCACGCCGUCAUCAUCUACGACGAUCUCUCCAAGCAGGCCGUCGCCUACCGUCAGAUGUCUCUUCUGCUCCGUCGUCCCCCUGGACGUGAGGCCUACCCCGGUGACGUUUUCUACCUCCACUCUCGUCUCCUCGAGCGUGCUGCCAAGAUGAACGACAAGCACGGUGGUGGUUCCCUCACUGCCCUCCCCGUCAUUGAGACCCAGGGUGGUGAUGUGUCUGCCUACAUUCCCACCAACGUCAUUUCCAUCACUGACGGCCAGAUCUUCUUGGAGGCUGAGCUGUUCUACAAGGGUAUCCGCCCUGCCAUUAACGUCGGUCUGUCCGUCUCCCGUGUCGGUUCCGCUGCCCAGGUCAAGGCCAUGAAGCAGGUCGCCGGUUCCCUGAAGCUGUUCUUGGCUCAGUACCGUGAGGUUGCUGCCUUCGCCCAGUUCGGUUCCGAUCUCGAUGCCUCCACCAAGCAGACCCUCAACCGUGGUGAGCGUCUCACCGAGCUUCUCAAGCAGAAGCAGUACUCUCCCAUGUCCGUCCCCGACAUGGUUCCCCUGAUCUUCGCUGGUGUCAACGGUUACCUUGACUCCAUCCCCGUCGCCAAGAUCCUCACCUGGGAGUCCGACUUCCUUGCUCACCUCAAGAGCAACCACCCCGAGAUCCAGGAGACCAUUGAGAAGGAGGGCCAGGUCAGCAAGGACCUCGAGGCUCAGCUCAAGGAGGUCAUUGUCAACUUCAACAAGUCCUUCAACGCAUAGACAAGAUAGCUUGUACAAUUUGAGACCA